CUCUCUCUCUCUCCCUCUCUCUUUCUUUUUGUUAGGUCAGGAAAUUAUUUGCAUGCGAUCCACAUGAGCAUACAAGCAGAGCCUGGGAGAUGGCUGUGUGUUGAAGUUUUUGUCUCCUGAUGAUGUGUUAUAGGAAACAAAACUCCUUUUAAAGGAUGGCAAUCCGAGAGCUGAAAGUUUGCCUUCUGGGGGGGUUGCUCCACCCAUCGAAGCAGACAGGAUCCCUAUCAUCACCUGACUAGUGAUGCCAUGUCUCAACGCACUGCAACCUGGGAAAUCCCAAGACCUAAGUAAUUUUGUAUGCAGUUAGAAAUAAAUAUUGGGGUGAAAAUCACAGAAGAAUUGCGAGAAAACUGCCACACACAGGACACAGGAGUUGGAAAAUCUAGCAUAGUUUGCAGAUUUGUCCAAGACCAUUUUGAUCAUAAUAUUAGUCCUACUAUUGGAGCCUCAUUUAUGACUAAAACGGUUCCUUGCGGAAAUGAGCUGCAUAAAUUUUUGAUAUGGGACACUGCUGGUCAGGAACGAUUCCAUUCUUUGGCACCUAUGUACUACAGAGGCUCAGCAGCUGCUGUCAUUGUAUAUGACAUAACAAAGCAGGACUCAUUCCAUACACUGAAGAAAUGGGUGAAAGAAUUGAAAGAACAUGGCCCUGAAAACAUUGUUAUGGCCAUUGCUGGAAAUAAAUGUGAUCUCUCCGACAUCAGGGAGGUAUCAAUAAAAGAUGCUAAGGAAUAUGCUGAGUCCAUUGGAGCAAUUGUUGUUGAAACUAGUGCAAAGAAUGCCAUCAAUGUUGAAGAACUCUUCCAAGGCAUAAGUAGAAGAAUCCCCCCACUGGAUCCACAACAGAAUGGCUCUAAUGGUGCAAUGAAGCUUGGAAGACAGUCCUCACAACCUACAAACAGAUGCUGCUGAUCUUACCUGUCUGUGUACAAGAAAGUACUGUAUAGUAGUUCUGUUCACACAAGGAAUGGAUGCAGACACAGUAAUUAUUGGCCAUUAAGUGGGAAGCAAAUCUUUUCAAAUAUUUCUGUGUCAGACGUAAGUUUAGGCCCAGUUCACAGUAUGCAAUUUUUCCUCCACUUUAAUUUGAUCAAAAGCAGAAGACUACAAAAAAGAGACGUACUGUAACAUUUAAAGCUUUAUUUUUUCUUCUUUGGAUUCCUUCCCAAAAAGUUUACAAUUUUUUCCUUUACUUUAGUUUAGCCAAACGUAGGAGGUUACAAAUAGAAGUAUCAUUUAAAGCUUUAUUAUUCUGUUUGGAUCCAUUCCCAAUAAGGGUAUACUUACCGUAUAUACUCGAGCCGUAUAAGCCGAGUUUUUCAGCACGAUUUUUCGUGCUGAAAACGCCCCCCUCGGCUUAUACUCGAGUGAACUCUCUGUCAAUCCCUUCUCAGUGCAGCCUUUGUCAGCAUCCAGCCCCCCCACCCCCUUUUGUUUUGUACUCACCUCCCCUCGGCGGGAAGGUAGGGUGAGCUGGUCCGGGCCAUUUAUGCUGCAGGGACCGUCUGGUGGAGAGGGUUAGUCGUUGCGGGCUGUCCAUCUUCUCCGGGAGACCCUCUUCUCCGCUCCUGGCCCGGCCCCGGACUGGUGACGUUGCCUUGAAGACGACGCACAGGGACGUUUAUGCAGCAUAAACAACCCCCCGCUCAGAUAUAUAGAACCAAUUUUCAGUUAUAUGAAUCUCUGCAACAAGUCCAAUGUUUGUGAAUUUACCCUUUAACCACACAAAAUUUAUCAACAUGUAAAGUGUGAACUGAUUCUUAGAUUUAACAUUAUUGCACUUUUUGUUUUUUAACCCAACUGUUUUACCUAUACUAAGCAAAUACUGUAGCUAAAUGUCUUGGCUUUUUAAUUCUUGUUCUUAUUUUGGUUUACAUUUUUCUUUGUUUUUGCUAUUUAAAAAAAAAAAAUAGCAAUAUGGAUAUUUACAGUGAAGUGCAACUCUUUUAUUAUGUUUUUUUUUAAAAAGGAACCUUGAGUUAUUAGUAAUUAUUCCAACAAUAGUAUUUAAAUAAAGUGGAGGUAUCAUAGGAACACAAAGGCAAAAACUCACAGGUAGGCUUUCAUUUUACCACAGCAAUUUGAGAAAUGAAAAUUGAGCUGUGAUUGGUUGUUAUGGACAAAUCAGGCAGCUUUUUGUCUCAGCGAGUUUUCAAAAAUCUUGGCCAUUUGGCAGCAAAAUAUGUUCCCCUGUAAGUCUCUGAUUCCCAACUAUGACAGAUUAUAUUUUUUUCAUUCAAUAAACUUUAUUAUAGUAAACUAAAACAAAUGGAGGAGGGAGGGAACAGGAAGAAAAUAGGAAUUGGGGUGAGGGAUAGGAAAACAUAAACAAUCACCAGAAUAUAUACAGCAAUUGGAACAAGGCAGACGUAAAAAGCUUGGUGAGCCGGAGCACCAAAUCAGUCUGGAAAUUAAUGGCAAUGGUAGGCAAAAUAAAAGCAAAAUAUAAAGAAAAGUCCAGCCUGAGCUACAAGGCUGUAAGGUGCAGGUAUAAAGGAGGCGGGCACCACAAUACUAAUAUAUAUAUAUAUAUAUAUAUAUAUAUAUAUAUAUAUAUACAGGUGAAAAAG